AUGGGUCUUUGUGUUGCUGGUAAGCUCAAGAAUGAUACACAUACCGCUGAUAAAGCACCAGUUUCUGCUACAAUUGCAGAAAAUAAUAUUAAAGCACAGACACAUCCCGAUGACACGAGUGCAGAGCACAAUAACAUUGACCGACCUGUAUUCCGAAAAAAAACAAGGGAUGCUAAUAAGUGGGCUUUGAGAGUUUGGGCAGGCUGGGCUAAGUUCCGUAACAGUCAGGAGUCUACUCAGAUAGAAAGUGUCCAUCCUAUUCCUGAAGAUGUUUGUGCUUUAAAUGAUGACAUGAUUGACUACUGGGGUCAGCGCUUUGUCAUGGAAAUUAAAAGGCAAGACGGUAAAGAAUACCCACCAAACACUCUUACACAAAUUGUCAGUGGUCUGCAACCUUAUCUUAAUACAGAGUGUCAAAGACCUAACAUUAACUUUUUUCGAGGAGAAACACAAUUCAUUGAUUUCAGAAAGUGCUUAGACACUCGCAUGAAAGAACUCCAUGCACAGGGAAUAGGCAUAAAAACAAAUGCAGCUGAUCCUGUGACAAUCGAAGACGAAAUUCAGCUAUGGCAAUCAGGGGUGUUUACCUUUGAUACUGCAGUAGGUUUAAGCAAUGCAGUUUUCUUUUACAACGGGAAAUUAUUUGGGUUUCGUGGCUUUCAGGAGCACGUGAGCUGCCAGGCUGAUCAGUUUGAAAUUUUAAAAGACAGUGCCAAGGACUUGCGUUAUAUUAAAUUUACACCAGGGUUACGUAAAAAUUCUCAAGGAGGGCUGAAAAGCCGAAAUGCAUCUCUUAAGCCCAUUAUUCAUUACGAGCAGAAAGACAGAGCAUAUUCUAUUAUAAAUCUUUAUGACUUGUAUUUGUCCUUGAUACCGCGGGUGGGUGCUUUCUAUAGGAAGCCAACAGGAAGUGUAGAUGAAAACGGAUCUCCUAAAUUUGGUGCUGCAACAAUAGCCCAAAAUUCUAUUAAGUCUAUGAUUAAGAGAUUUUAUAAUGAAGCAGGCAUUGAUAUGACGGAUAGAAAAAUUAGUAAUCAUUCUGCUCGGGUUGCACUUUGUACCACAUUAUAUAAUAAAAAUUUCCAAGACAAGGCAGUAAUGAGUAGAAGCAAGCAUAAGAGCAAUGCGGUACAGUCCUAUCAACGAGAGCAGUUUGAAUUUCUAAAUGACAUCAGUAAUGCUCUUGAGCCUAAUUUGCCACCUCUAAAAAAAUAA